CGGAUUCCGCAUAUCUCCGUAUUUACCAUUCGCAGCAAGCGAGGCUGAGUUUUCGUCUGUUUGAAGAGAAGGCAAAGAAGAGAGAGAACAGAAACCAUGGCACUCUCAGACGCAGAGGUUGAGAAGCAGAUCAACCACAUGAAGAAGUUUAUUAAACAAGAGGCUCACGAGAAGGCUGAUGAGAUCAUGAUAAAGGCGGAAGAGGAAUUCAACAUUGAGAAAGGACGUCUUCUUCAGAACGAGAAGAGAAAAGUCUCAAACUACUUUGAACGGAGAGAGAAACAGCUGGAGCUGCAGAAAAAGAUCCAACACUCUAACCUGCUGAACCAGGCAAGGCUAGCAGUCCUGAAGUCAAGAGAUGACCACAUCAAGAGAGUUCUGGAAGAGGCCAGUACUCGAUUGAGUGAGGUGACCCGAGACUCCGCCCACUAUCAACAGAUGUUGAGGGACCUUGUUGCCCAGGGCUUGUUUCAACUGUUGGAAGAGGAAGUAACUGUCCGUUGUCGUCAGGAAGACGUUGGUCUCGUAAAAAAUGUAGCGGGUGAUGCUAUACGCUCCUAUGAACAAGCUACCAAGAAGACCUGCAAAGUGCUAAUUGACACGACCCAUCUUCCUGCCGAAUGUUCUGGUGGAGUGGAACUGUUCGUGAGGGCCGGCAAGAUCAAGUGCACGAACACGCUAGAGAGUCGCCUAGAGCUGAUGGGAACUCAGAUGAUGCCAGAGAUAAGGACUGGGCUGUACGGAGUGAAUCCAUCGCGUCACUUUAUGGACUAGUGUUUGUCUAUUUAUCACAGACUUUCGUCUAGGAGGUUUAGCAUUUUCGUGCACCAAUCAAGAUAUUGAUUUGUGUAUAAUAUAAUAUCUGUGCUAAUGGCCAAUAAAACUGGUGCAUUCGAAUAGUUAUAUAAAAAAUAUUGCAUGCAUUGCCGAGUGUGGUACUGAGUAUUAGGGUCAAUUUUUCAAAGCAAUAAUUAAUUUGUUAGGAGAAUAAACAGUAAGAAGUUUGGUUGCUAGGAGGUCAUGUGACUAGAGCGGGUGUGGCAGUGGGCGGGGCAGCUCGUAGUUUGACGAGUUUCCGUAUCCUGUGUACGAGUGCCUGAAUGAAGCUGACCUGACCUCGCCUCCCUGCCUCCUGCCCCUCUUCAACAUCGAGAAGCUGUUGGAAGAGAGAACUUGGGAGACAUCGACCAAUGGACAUCUUCAGUGAUUCCAGAUCUCCCGGACUUACGCCCUCGCUCAGAGACGACAGGUCAAAGGUCGUUUCCAUGGCAGUCACCUUAGCAGGUUCAUCUAUUCUUCUCAUGGUAGGUCGGGUGAAGGAAGCUCCGCCCACUCCCAUGCCUCUGGCCCCAGCCCACUGGCUUGCAGUGCAUUAAAUAGAACUGUAGAUGCCUCCAC